CCUGUGAGGUUCUGGUUCGUUACCAUGGUUAUGCUAGUAGCGGCUAGUAGCCUCGAGCAGAGACGAGCAGCUACAAAGGUCUGUACAUAAUGACCCCAGACUAUGUGACGACAGGCAUUGUAUCCGACCACAUAGAAAUUAAAGAUCUGAUUCAGAGGCAGCUGCAGGUCUUUUUCUGCCCUAUGGUGUCACUGUGUCCAGCGAUAUUUAAGACAUGUUAGGAGGAGGUGCAGAGGUUUCACGUAAAUUUCCCUCCAUCAUACUUCACAGUGAACAAUGCAGUCACACUACACCUGACAGGCUUCAAGACUCAAUGACGGUGGAAGUCGUCUACAGAGCAACAAGUCCAGUUUGGAGUCCCAGCAGCAUUUGAGUCUGCAGGGCUGCACAUGGAGCUGUGCCUUCAACACAGCAUGGACGCACAGUUUACCAAUGCACCGCGGUCGGGAUAAUAUUUGGUGGUGGCUGUGAAAAUGUGGGUUGGCAUGGCAGUUGAGGAGGGCUUUCGAUCACCGGACUGAAAUGAAGUCUGUGACAUCUUGGCCCGUUUACCCCUCCACCACCACCUCCACCCACCCAACCAACCACCACCCCUCCUCUCUCUGUCUCUCCACCUCUGCACUAACCCUCAGGUGGAGAUGGAGGAGCUGUGUGUGGAGCAGUAUGGGCUGUGUUUCUACUCGGAUCAGACACCAGAACAAGAGCUGCAGCCUGCAAAUGAAUCCUAAUAAAAUGAAGACAUCCUGGACACUUUCUUCUUCUUCUUCUUUCACCAGGCGGAGACUCUCUGGAUUUAUCUGCUUCUUCUUUUCCCAUCACUUGAUUUUUUUUAAAGUUGUUCGGACCCAGCCCCAGCGUCGCCAAUCGGCUUCCCUCUUGGAGAGAGUGGACCAAUCAGCGACAGUCUUUGAUGAAUAUUCAUGAGUCCGAGAUUCAAACCUUUUGAGCUGAGUUUGUCUUGGUCCCACAGCAUCACACCUAGGACUUUUCACAUGCAACAAACUACAUUUUCUUAUGAAUGGAAAGAGAAAAAAUCAGUUCGGCUUUAAAUUGGGACCCAUCCUUCACUGAGAUCAUAGAAGGAAAACAACAAAAGAGGAGAGACGAGGGGAUCCGCCAGAAGAGAUGACAAUGACUACAAUCCCAGAAAGUCUUAAUAGCCCUGCCUCAGGAAAAACCGUUUUCAUGGAGUUUGGACCCCCGAGUCAACAAAUGUCUCCUUCCUCCAUGUCUCACGGACACUACCCAAUGCACUGUUUACAUUCUGCAGGUCAUACCCAGCACGACAGCUACAGUCCAGCCUCGUCUUUUCCAAGAUCUCUGGCUUAUCCAUACGUGAACUCCGUCGGCAGCCACUCCACCAGUCCAUAUCUCAGCACAGUACAGACCUACCAAAACAGCUCUGCGCUCACACAGACGCGGCUAGAGGAGACAGCACCAGAAGCAGAGAAAAACACAGUGGUGGAAGGUGGAGAGGUGCGAUUCAACGGGAAAGGGAAAAAGAUUAGAAAACCAAGGACUAUUUAUUCCAGUUUACAACUUCAAGCUCUGAACAGGAGAUUUCAACAGACUCAAUAUUUGGCGCUACCGGAGAGAGCUGAGCUGGCAGCGUCGCUGGGACUCACUCAGACACAGGUGAAGAUUUGGUUUCAGAAUAAACGCUCUAAAUUCAAGAAGCUGAUGAAACAAGGCGGUGGCACAAUCGACGCCAACGCUUUGGCCACCGGCCGCGGCCUGUCGAGCGGUUCUCCCUCGGUGGUGGCUCCGGUGUGGACCUCUCCGACCACCGUGAAGACCUCGGUGGGGACGACUGGAUCUUACAUUCCCAGCUACACCUCAUGGUACCCAACCACGCACCAAGAGUCUAUGCAACAGUCACAGCUCAUGUGAACAGAGACCUCAAAGACACCCAUGGCUCAGUGUAUCUGGAUGGUGAAGGGUUCUCAGCACUGAGAAUACACAACAACAACAACCCCAGAGUUUUGCUGCAACAGUGGCCUCCUCCUCAUACUGGAGGACAGCAAGCAGCUAGAAGAGGAAGAUGAAGAAGCUGAGAGACUGAAAGGCAAUGUGUCCAAGGGCAACAAGUCUGUGACAGUCAGAGGAAAUAGUAGACCAAUGGAUCCUUUUUUUGGGGCUGCUGUUUAUCCCUUUUGUGUCUAUUUUGUUUGUUUUUUAAAUCAUAUUUGUGUGAGUUAUUCUGUUUAUUAUAAGAAAAACACGUGUUUGUUUACACCAGAUGUGUUAGGCCCAAAGUGAAAAUGAAAAUCUGACCAUAUAUAGGGGUGUUUCUUUAACCAAAUAAUACUUAAUAAAUUCCACCAUUAUGCUUAAAUGCACAUUCAACCAUAUUGUGCAAAAAGCCUCAAAUCGCUAGUAUGAAAUCAUAUUUGUGUGAGUUAUUCUGUUUAUUAUAAGAAAAACACGUGUUUGUUUACACCAGAUGUGUUGGGCCCAAAGUGAAAGUGAAAAUCUGGCCAUAUAGGGGUGUUUCCUUAACCAAAUAAUACUUAAUAAAUUCCAUAAUUAUGCUUAAAGCACAUUCAACCAUAUUGUGCAAAAAGCCUCAAAUCGCUAUACUAUGUUGUUUUAAGUGUUUGUUAUUUAAGUUAAAUUAUUCAGACUAGUUUUUUCUGUCGAGGUCAGUCUGUGUUCAUUUUUGUAAGUGUGUUUUUUGAAAUAACAACACUGUGUUGUUAAUGCUGCACUAACGCAAGCAAAGCUUUUUCUAUGCCGUGAUGCCCCAAUGUUAUGUGAAAAAUGUAAAAGGCCUGACAAUUUUGCUGCUUUUAGAAGAAGAAAAAAAAAAUAUCCCGAGGGUGAGCAGCUCCUUUGUCACUGUAUUUUGUACAUAAUUUUCAGUUUUUUUUGUGCUGUAUACUGGAUACGCUGUGAAAAAGGGUUUUAGGCUUUCUGUAUUCGUCGAGAUGUGUUUAGUCAACAUAGAAAAUAUUUAGUUUUGUAUUGAUCACUUUAAUUUAUUGAUCUGUUUCUGAAGUUUAUGUACAUAAUGUGCAAAAUUUCCAAAAGCAGUAAAAUAAUGAUUUAAAUUA